AUGGGAUUAGUUAAGUGGGCUAAGAUGCAAUGUAAGGUCCAGCUCAGAUUAAAAUCCAAUUUGUUUAUGAAUACCACUGUAGGGGUUGAAUGCGAAAAUGCAGUGAAUUUGUCAAUGAAUUGCAAUUCAAUUGAUUUGAAUUCAUGUAAAAUAAGUGAUAAAAUGCUUUCCAAUCACAACACCAUUAAUACACUCAACACUUAUCACUAUUUCCACUGUUUUUGGCCGAAAUGUCACAUCAAGACUAAACAUGAAAGUGAUUUAACUAGACAUCAAUUAAUACAUUCAAAUACCAAGAAAUAUAAAUGUGAUUUCAAGAAUUGUAAUAAAAAGUUCUCAUUAAAAGUAAAUCUAAAUGCCCAUAAAAAUAGCAUUCAUUUAAACGUGAGAUAUGUAUGCGAUUGGAGUGAAUGUCGCAAACAAUUUACAUUCAAACAUAAUUUAUAUCGUCAUAAAAGUAGUGUUCAUUUGAGUGAAAGAAGAUUCAAAUGUAAUGAAGAAAAUUGUCGAAAAUAUUUCGCCCAAAAGUCAAAUUUAAUUGCACACAAAAAUAUAGUUCAUUUAAAAGUGAGAUAUGUAUGCGAUUGGAGUGAAUGUCACAAACAUUUUACAACAAAACACCACUUAAAUCGACACAAAAGUGCUGUUCAUUUGAAUGAAAAGAAAUAUAAAUGUAAUGAAGAAAAUUGUGGCAAAAGAUUCAAAACAAAAUCUGGAGUUAUUUAUCAUAACCGCAAGCAUUCACGUGAAUAA